AAAGGUAACUGACUCGAAAUUAUUCACCAUCUAUGUCGUCCACCUCGAGAAAUUCAAGGCCAAGAAGACAAGUGUCAUAAGAGUUCUCAUCUUUAUGAAACUCUGUGUCCACCUUAAGAUUCCUUCCUUUUAUUCUCUCUGUUCAGAAUAUAAAACUUCGGUGAUUUCUUGAGAGAUUUUCUCUUGAGUUGUUACAACAAUGGCUGAUGAUCAAUCUCUUCGCUCUCCGGACAACCCACAUUUCUUCCAGCCUCUCCUUCCUGGCUUCUGCACUCACCUCAGCAUUCCUGUAGUUUUCUUCUCGAAACACCUUAAAGGAAGGAACGACCACAUCAAGACUGCGAAACUGAGAACAGACGCGUCUGGUAGAACUUGGUUAGUGAAGAUAAACGGUUUGAGAUUCGCAGAUGGGUGGGAAGGUUUUGCAGUUGCUCAUGAUCUCAGGAUUGGUGACAUCAUUAUUUUCAGACAUGAAGGAGAGAUGGCGUUUCAUGUCACAGCUUUCGGACCAAGUUGCUGUGACAUUCAAUAUACUUCAAGAUCAUCUCACGACAUUUGUGAUGAUAGUCAAGAUCAGACCAACAAUACUGUUACAAGAAACAGUUCAGGAGAGAAAAGAAAGGGAGUGGAGAAGACUCCAAGAACAACGAAAAAAAAAUCUUCAUCGGAUCACUCUCACUUUAUGGCACAUGUCUCACCCUGGAGUCUAAGAUUUGAUCGACUGUAUGUACCAAUUAGUUUUUCGAGGUCAAACGGUAUGGACAACAUGAGCGGUAAAGAUAUCGUUCUUCUUGACGAAGAAGGAAGAUCAUGGAAUUUGAAUAUUACUACAUAUACCAACACCACCAUGCAGACUUAUGUCGGACCUGGUUGGAGAAGAUUCUGUGCUGAGAAUGGGAUGAGCCAAGGUCAUCAGUAUACAUUCAAACUGGUCAGAAAAUCUGCACCUCCAGUCAUCCGCUUGUCCCUUGGAGAACCAGCUCCAGAAUCUGCACUACACCAUUCUUACUAUGUGGGAUCUGUCUCUUCUAAUGACCUACGAAAAGAUAGACUGUAUCUUAAGAGGCAGUUUAUAACUGCAAAUGGUCUGGACAGAGGAUUCAGUGAGAUUAUUUUAAAGAAUGAAUGGGGAGGACAAUGGAGUUUAGGUUUGAGAUACUACGAAUCACCCGACCAUACUUAUCUGGGACCAGGCUGGAAAACUUUCUGCCAAGUAAACGGGAUCAAAGCUGGAGAUUCCAAUAUGUUUAAAGUGGUUGAAACUGGGGACAAGCCCGUUCUCUUGUUGUGCAGUUCCAACCGUGGGAAAACACCAUCAGAGUGUUCAAAAGAUAGUGAUGAUGUAGACUCCCUCUCUUCAGAUACUAGCAGUGGAGAUUAUAGUAGAGAAGAAUCCCAAGAAAGUGAAGAGGAGAGUCUUGGAGACGAAGGCAGCUCACAGGAAUGGUUUGAGAUGGAGAAAGAGAAGAAUAUAUACAGAGCUUCAUCUUCAUAUAGUCAAGACCCAUAUGUGAAAUUAACUCUUACACCGAGAGCUCUUAGAACCUAUAAACUGAUGCUCCCGCUGAGUUUCACGCGGGUGAAUGGCAUCAACAAGCCAGGGAAGAUGAUUCUGUUAGAUAAAGAUGGAGUGAAGAAACAGGUGGUGGAUCUUUUGGAUCAGAACAGAAACACCGGAAUAAUGCGGCUUGGAAAAGGAUGGAGAGAGUUCUGUGACGCUCAUGGCGUAAAGGUAGGAGAGUCCUUUCUGUUGAAACUCAUUCGGGAGGAUGAAGAAGCCAUUCCGCAAAUAUUCUUCACGAAGAUCAACUGCUCUAAAAAGCAGAGGAAGAUCAUUCUAUUGGAUAGACAUGGUUUUUAUGGAGAUGUCGAUAAAGUUUCUGGAAAAGCCUCUCCUUCCCGGCUUCCAUACUCACCUCGUACUCUUCUCAACUCCUUUCUUGCGCUUCAAAACAUUCCUGUAGCUUUCUUCUUGAAACAUGUCCAAGGAAGCAACGACCACAUCAAGACUGCUAAACUGAGAACAGAUGCGUCCGCAAAAACAUGGUUAGUGAAGAUAGACAGCUUGAAGCUCACAGAUGGGUGGGAGGAGUUUGCAGUUGCUCAUGAGCUCCGGGUUGGCGACAUCACCAUUUUCAGACAUGAAGGAGAGAUGGUGUUUCAUGUCACAGCUUUCGGACCAAGUUUCUGUGACAUUCAAUAUACUUCAGCAUCAUCUCACAACAUCAAUGAUGAUUGUCAAGGUCAGACCAACAAUAACGGAGAGAAGAGAAAGAGAGUCAAGAAGAAUCCAAGAACGAAAGAAGAGCCUUCAUCAGAUCAAUCUCAAUUUGUGGCAAAUGUCUCACCCUCUAGUCUAAGAUUUAAUCGACUGCAUAUACCAAAUAGUUUCGCUAGGUCAAACGGUCUAAACAAAAUGAGCGGUAAAGGGAUCGUUCUUCUUAACGAGGAAGGGAGAUCAUGGAACUUUAAUUUGAAAUACAACCGAACAGGCAUGAGUACUUAUGUCAGACCUGGCUGGAGAAGAUUCUGUUCUGAAAAUGGGAUGAAAAAAGGUCAUCGCUAUACAUUCGAACUGGUCAGAAAAUCUGCACCACCAGUCCUUCGUUUGUGCCGUGCAGAACAUGAUCCAAAACCAGCUCCAGAAUCUUCAGUACACCAUUCUUAUUAUGUGGGAUCUGUCUCUUCUAAUAGCCUAAUAAAUGAUAAACUGUAUCUUAAGAGGCAGUUUAUAACUGCAAAUGGUCUGGAGAAAGGAUUCAGUGAGAUAAAUGUAAAGAAUGAAUGGGGAGGAAGAUGGAGUUUAGGUUUGAGACACUACGAGUCACACAACCAUACUUAUCUGGGACCAGGCUGGAAAACUUUCUGCCAAGUCAACGGGAUGAAAGCUGGAGAUUCCUUUAUGUUUAAGCUGGUUGAAACCGGCGACAAGCCUGUUCUCUUGUUGUGCAAUUCUAACCGUGGGGAAACGCCAUUAGAGAUUCCAGAAGAUAGUGAUCAUGUACACUCACUCUCCUCUGAUACUAGCAGCGGAGAUGACAGUAGAGAAGAAUCCCAAGAAAGUGAAGAGGAGAGUCUUGAAGACGAUAGCAGGUCAAAGGAAUGCUUUGAGAUGGAGAAAAGGAAGAGUAGCUUGAGAUGCAUAUGUUCAUCUCCAUAUAGUAAACACCGUUUUUUGAGACUAACUCUUACACAGAACGCUCUCAAAACCUCUGUACUGGUAAAGUUCAUAUACUACUCUGCCUCAAAGUUGUUUUUUUCUCUUUUUUCGUGCGUGUCUAAAAUCAAAUCUUUGCGCAGCACCUUCCGAUGA